AUGACCGUCGCCGCGGCGCGCUCCUUCAGGCGUUUCAACCAAGGCUGGUCGGACGGGCAGGCGUUCAGCUUCGGCGAGUGCGUCCAGCCUGCCUUUCCCGCCCUCUCCCCUCUGCGCAAGGCCGAAAGCCGGCGCCAGCGAGACAUUGCGCAAGCCCCAGCAGCGCCGGCACCAGCCUCAGGGCCAGUCGUCAACACCUACAACUGGCGCCAAAGCGAGCUGGCGCCGGCACCAGCGCCGGCGCCGGUCGUCAACGCCUCCAACUGGCGGCUUGGCGAUCCGCUCCAUCUCGCGACGCCGGGCCUAGCGCUCAAACACGGCGCCGCGCGAUUUGAUGGCGUCAACACAUCCAACUGGAGGCUGGGCGACACCGGGAGCCUGCCACUGCACGGGGGUGAGCGCAAUCAAGAGAUCCCUGCAACCGACUCGAGCUGGCGACUCGGUGAAAAUCACCACUUCAACACUGGCAGCAUGACAGAGCUCGGACCCUCCGCUCUGCGGCCGGCAAGGCGCGACAAAGGCGACUCGACCGCUGUCGCCGCCACUGGUAGCAAUGGAGAGCUAUUCGCCGCCCUCGGCCAGCCUCGCCAGAUCGCACCUCGCGAGUCGGCCUGGCGCCGCGGGGAGAGUAAUGGCAGCUGGCCGCCUUCUCCCACGAGGUGGUUGCUGUCACGGGUGCCUUCAGAAGCGGGAGGAUGCGAGCCGACGGCGUGCUUUCCCCUCACCAACACGGACGUGACGAGGCCACAGGAGCCAAGGCGGCUGACUGCGAGCCAAAGCCUCCCCGCACUGGGCGUGCUGCGGGCAGGCAGCGAGCAUCACUAUCGCAGCCUUGCUCCUGGGUUGCCGGCGGCGAGGCAUGGGCGGAGGAGGUUGGCUGCUGGUAUCGUGCCUCACUCGAACUCGACGGUGCACCCGUGA